UGGGUGGAGAGCUCGUUGGCCCCCCAAUCAGGGAAACAAGGGUUCAAAUCCUGCCUUAGACUAUCUGCAUGACCCUGGGCCAGUCCCUUAAUGUCUCUGGGCCUCGGUUCCCUCCUGGGUAAAAUAAAGGGUGGGAUGGGGAGCCCUUCAAAGUCCCUUAUUAGAAAGCCCAGCAAGAAGAUGAAAGAUGAGUUCCGUCAGCCAAUACCUUUUGAAUGCCUCUGAGGUAUCUAACACUGGGUGAAGAGCAUCCUGCCACAUCCUCCCAGCCCUCGCCGGCUCAUCUCUUCCCUCCUCCCCCCUCCUUCCGGCCUACCUCCCUGGUUCUCCCCAAGAGAGCCCCCAUCCUGCGCUCCCCCCAGCCAAGCUUCCAGGCUUCCAUGAUGGGAGAAGAAGCAAGUAUGGACCCUUCACGACCACCGUGACCCUCCCGGGUCCUGGACAGGCGGAAGUUCCUUCCUGGCCAGCCCCAAGUCUCCCGCUUGCCCUCCCUGCUGGGGACCGGGCACAGAAAUCCAAAAGGAAGCAAGGAAAAGAUCCCGGAAAAGCAAACUCCGAAGCUUCGCACCCCCACCCCCAUCCCGGGCCGUCCGUUAGGCCUCCAGGCCCAGGCCUCACAGCAGAACGGCCUGGCCCUGCAGAGGCUGGCGGUUGAGGGCCAGUCCGUGGCCUGCCUGAGUACACAAGGCCAGGCCGGUGGACGAUCCCGCGUGAGACCAGGGGCAGAGCUUCCAUCUUCGCAAAGGCCAACGGCUUCUUGGCAGGUUUCCAUUUGGAGGGGCCUCGCGAGAGACGCUCGCUCCUGUUUCCCUUUCGGGGGGCCGGGAGUGACCCCCCGCCAUACUGGCUCCCUGUGUCUGGGGAGCCCACCUGCCUCGUGGCCCCACAAUGGACAGCCAGCGUCGGGGCUGUUUCCCUGGUCCUUGGAGGACGCGGAGAAGCCAUUUCACAGAUGAUAUGCAGCUUCCUGCCCCAAGCUGGUCUGCCUUCCAUUCAACAGCAACCAAACCCAGCAAAUGCAGAGAUGGCUGAUGAGAGGUGCAAGAGACUGCGGGUAGAUGCAAGUGUAUCCCUCUGACCUGCCCCACUUCAGCAGACACAAUGAGAUUAUAGCCAGAAAAGGCAGAAGGACCUCAGCCUGCUGCUAGAGUGUCUGGGAGGAUGGAUGGCAAAGGGAUCCCUAAAUAUCCUGAAGCCAUGGGUUAUCACCUGACCCACAUAGGGGAAAAUCUUCAGCAAGCCCCUGGAGACCCCCCAAGGGGAGUCUAUGAGCCUCCUGAGGUUCCUGUGGACCAAACCUGGGUUGUUGAUCCUCAAUGUUUGGCAAACCAAGAUGUUCCCAGAAUCCUAAAUGCUAACAGGAGCACUGAGGUGUUACCUCUUCCAGAACACUACCUUAGACCAAAAAGGGAGGCCUCUCCUGAUUCUCUAAGAGAACAUCUUCACUCAAAGAACCUAAGAGAUAGUCAGAACAAUUCCACCCAGGUCACAUUCUGGGCUGGCAUCCUACAAGCCCAGAUGUGUGUCCUCGACCUAGAAGAGGAGUUAGAGAAGACCGAUGUGUUCCGAGAAGAGCUGAGGCGCUGUAUACCUUCCCCCAUGGAGCUCCCAAACUUCUCCCCAAGUGGGCAAGCUUCCCAGGACCAGAGCACUGGUCCAAGGUCCUUGUACAUGGUGGAUAACUCCUCACAAGACAGCAGUGGGCCAGAGGAAGAUCAAAGGGAGAUUCAACAAGAUGACCCCCUUGGCUCUCCUGUGGAGUGGGGGGAAGAGGAGGAGAGCUUGUUUUUUGACAAUCCCCUCUUCCUGGAGAGCCCGACCUCAGUCACUGGUGCUCCUGAAGAGUCUUCUUGGAGCCUCCCAGUAUCCGAUGGAGAGGAGAGGACUGAGCACUGCAGGUUUGAAUCAGAGACUCAGUGGUCCCAGAGAUCACUACUCGAGGGAAGAGGUGGUUCUUGGGACCCAGAGAACAAGCCAGAAUCAGUGGUGGGGGUAGCUGAUCCUGGUAAAGAGACUGACCCCCUGUAUCUGGUGCCCACCUAUAAGCUGCAUUAUCAGUCCUGGGUGAAACAGGAUUGUCCCAGUGUGCCUGCCUCUGUCUCCAGUCCUCUGAUGAUAGAGGACACCUUGUCGGUUCAGGACAUCCACACACACCAAUGGACCACAGAGCUUCCCUCCAGUGUAGACACGCAUCUGCUCAGCCCCCAGGAGAGAGAAUCAGGUCAUAGUGAUGCUGAGACUGCUCGCCCACCAGCUCCAGAGCCCUGUGUGGCACCUGCUUCAUUUCAGGAGCCUGAUAGCCCAAGCAUUGAGGUCGCUGGCCUCAGCCCUCUCUCCAGCUCCUGCUCUAGCCCUGGCCCCAGUUUUAACCCUAGUUGGAACUCCAGCCCUCUGCAGCCCUUGGAGGGGAGUCUUCCUCAGAAUACUGCCUUCCCUGAGUGGAGAAUACUAGCUACUUCAUGCCCUUCAUCCAUGGAAAAGAAGGGAGCAGAUCUCGAUUCCCUGAAGAAGACCACUGAGCCCUUGCCUCUGGAGAAGACAGUGGAGCCCCAAGAGGAAGUCAAGCCAGAAGAGGCUGGGGAGGCCCAACAGGAUGUCAGCCCAGCACCACCCAGUAUCAAAGAACAUCUUCAAAGCACUGACCCCCAAACGGAGCCCCAGGGAGAAGAGCAGAGGUCAGAGGCUAAAGACAAGGUUGCCAAUGGGAUCAACCCAGACCAAAUGGCUUGGAAACUGGCUUCAAGCCUCUACCGUUUGGAUGGCUUCCGGAAAUCCGAGGUGGCUGCAUACCUUCAGAAGAACAAUGACUUCAGCAAGGAUGUGGCUGAGAAGUACCUGUCCUUCUUCCAGUUUAAAGAUAAGAGCUUGGACCAAGCCCUCCGGGGCUUCCUCCAGGCUCUGGUGUUGAGUGGGGAGACUCAAGAGCGAGAGAGAAUUCUGUAUCAGUUCUCCAAGCGUUUCCACCAUUGCAACCCUGGGGCCUUCUCAUCAGCAGAUGCUGUCCACACCCUGACUUGUGCACUCAUGCUCCUUAACACAGAUUUACAUGGACAGAAUAUUGGCAAGAGCAUGACCUGUCAGGAGUUUAUCACCAACCUGAAUGGCUUGAAGGAUGGUGGGAACUUCCCCAAGGAGCAGCUGAAGGCACUCUACUGGUCCAUCCGCAGUGAGAAGCUAGAAUGGGCAGUGGAUGAAGAGGAGGAAGAAGCCAUGAAGUCUAUGAAGCCCAGACCAUCCAUUUCAGGCAGCCAGAAGAGACGCAAUACCUUUGUUCAGUUGGUCCAUGAUCCUACUGUACCCACCUACAAGCAAGGGCUCCUGGCUCGAAAGAUGCACGCUGAUAUUGAUGGGAAAAAGACUCCGUGGGGGAAGCGUGGCUGGAAGAUGUUCCACACCCUGCUUCGAGGGAUGGUACUCUACUUCCUGAAGGGAGAAGAGUCUUGUCCAGAAAACUGGUACCCAGAUGGGCCCAUGCCAGAGGAAGCUGUGGGGGUACAUCAUGCACUGGCGGUCCCUGCUGUCCAUUACACCAAGAAACCUCAUGUCUUUCAACUGCGCACGGCUGAUUGGCGUCUCUACCUCUUCCAUGCCCCAACUGCCAAGGAGAUGAGCUCUUGGAUCGCUCGGAUUAAUUUGGCUGCAGCCACUCAUUCUGCACCACCAUUUCCUGCUGCCGUGGGCUCUCAGAGGAAAUUUGUCCGACCCAUCCUACCCACUGGCCCAGCCCGGAGUUCCCUGGAGGAACAACAUCGAUCCCACGAGAGCUGUUUGGAUGCUGCCUCUGAUGACUUAAUAGAUCUCCAGAGGAACCUGCCUGAACGGAAAGGCCGAAGCAGAGACUUGGAGGAAUACAGACUCCGAAAAGAGUACCUGGAGUAUGAGAAAUCCCGCUACGAGACUUACGUCCAGCUGCUGGUGGCCCGCCUGCACUGCCCCUCGGAUGACUUGGACCUAUGGGAGGACCAGUUGGCUCAGGAGGCAGAGGGGACCUGGAAACCAGAGCCUGGCCUCAAGAAGUCGCACUCCAGCCCUUCCCUGCACCAGGAAGAGGCCCCCACCACGGCCAAGGUGAAGCGGAACAUAUCUGAGAGAAGGACCUACCGCAAGAUCAUCCCCAAGAGAAACCGAAACCAGCUGUGAACUUGGGUGGCUCUAGCAGACCCAGGAAUCAAUGAGUGCAAUGGAGAGAAAGGAACACUUUGGGGCCAGCCUGAACCUCAGGGCUGAGGGGGUCCUGAGCCUUCCCGCUGGACUCUCCCCUUCUCAGGUGGCUUACUCCUUUCAGGGAUUUCAAGCUUGGGAGACUGAUGAAGGCAGCCAUGAAUUCCUCCCUUCCCUCCUUUUACUUCUGGUUGUUUUCUCUCCCUUCAUUGCAGUAACCAAGUUUUCCACAGCCUUAAACCUCUACAUCAUAUCCUCCUGCAGCCCCCAAGAGAGAGACAGAAAGAGACAGAGAGACAGAGACAGAGAGAUAGAGAGACAAAGAGAGGAGUGAAGGUGUAGACAUAUGAGUCCCAUUCUGCCACCCACCAGAGGAGCCAUGUUUGCUUGUUGAUAGGCAAGGCUAAAAAGUAGGACAAGACAGAGAAGAGAUCCAUCCGGGCUUCUCCCACUGACCCGAUAGGUGACAGCAUGUCAUCACCCCCUCUUUCUAACUGCCACCUGGACUAGAUACUCUCUACAUUCAAUUCUAGUUUGAGGGUGCUAUGAAACUCCCAGGGAGCUUAAUCCUGCCCCUCACUGGGGCGCCAUCUCUCUCCCACUUAGCACCAGAAUCCUGGGGGGCCAGGCAAUGGGGAGUUACAGAUUCAAAGCUGGACAGGCCCCGGGUGAGGUGUUUAGGGGGGCUCAUCUGUCGGCCAGCGCGAGGCUCUCCCCCUUCCUGGAGGAAGCCAGGAAGCCCCAUGUCUACCCUUGUGUAGGUAGGCUUAUGAAGAAGUGGGAAAGGUGUGAGCCUGGGUGUCCUGUCCCCCCGCCCCCAGCUUUACUGGGUGUCUCAGGAUUGGGCCUGGCAGUGCAACAUUUUCCCCAGAAACCCCAACACUGCCACCCCCCCUUCUUGGUGAGCCUCCCUCCUCUCUGGCCCUGCCAGCUGGGAGAGGCCCCUGGCUUGAACACCCAUUCAGUGAUCAGCCAAGCAGAGCCAAAUGGCUGGGAGUGGGGCAGGAAGGGGGUGGAGCAGGAGCCUUCAGCUCUCAAGAGAGAAGCUCCAAGUCUGAGGAUGGAGACCUGGAACUGGGAAACAAGUGGCUUUUGUCUCCUGAGGAGCAGAAAGGGGGUGUCACUGCUGGAAUCUUCCUUUCCCCACCCAGCCCCGGUCCCUGACAGAGCGGGCUAUGGAUGGGGGAGGUGGCUUCUCUACAGCCCUGUCUUUGGGGCUCCCAAGUCCUGGCUGCCCCAGCUCUCCAGAAUCCCUGUGCCCUUUCCCAAGGCAGCAAAUCCACCCUCUGGGGAAUCGCAAAGUGGGGUUCAUGGCUCCGACAGAGGAUGGGAGGCUCUGGCGAUUCCUGUGGGGUCACCCUUCACGGGCGGUAUCUUCCCACCUUCCCUCAGCCCUGACCCCAUUCUCUCCCAGGAGAUAGUGCAACCCUCUGGGGCAUCUUCUCCCCAUUUCUCUAGCAGAAGGAGCAGCAGCCCCCUUCUUUGCUCUGAAGGAGGCAUAUUCCAGCUCCUGGCAUCUCCACCAAGCUCCCCGCCCCCCCCCCCAAUGUCUCUGGGUGCCCAGAGCCCGCCUGCCCCUGGUUUAUUCUAGUCUUUCCUGGCAAGGUGCAAAGACUACGUCAGCACAUGUGGGAGGCCAAGACUGAGGGAGAGGGAAGGGAGCGGCCCCCAUUGUCUCUGCUCAGCCAAGUGAGCCAGCGGCCGGCAGGGAAGGCUCCCCCUCCAACCCUAUUCACUGGCUCCCCAGCCUGCCUUCCCCACAGCCACCUUUGGGUCUCCUCCCCCCCCCAUUUUGCUGUUCUUCUCAGCACCCUUGAAAGCAGAAGCUUCCCAAGGCCAGGGGCCAUGUGGUCGUUGUGUCCUCUGAAGUCCUCCUGGAUCCAGGGAGGAGCCACGUCCUGCACCCAAUGGGUGCUCAGUAAAGAGAAGUUGACAAGUGAUGAA